AAAAUACAUCCUUGUUGAAUGUCAAAACAUAUGCAAAGAUACAGAGAUCUACCACGCAAAGCUCUUUGGACCAUCUAAUGUGACUGAAGGGACCACAAUACAUUUCAAGUUUCAUAUUAAUGACAUCACAAUAAGCAGGGACAUGGUUCAUUUUUACCUUUGUAAGGAUGGAGUUGGGAUACAAAUGGCACCAAUAACGAAAGAUGCUGAAUCUGUUUUCUUGUUGAAAGAAGUUAAAAAAAAACAAUCAGGCAAGUACAGCUGUGUGUACAGCAUAUGUAAACACCCAAUCAGCCAAGUGAAGUCAACAGGGGAUUAUCUGGUCUUACGGAUCAACGGAGAUGAAGACGUGGAAGCAUCAAGUAAAACACCAGUGUCAACACCACCAACAGUCUUCAAAGAGAGACCAGAGAAUGAGGGAGCAGAAGGAAUUCUGGGAUUUAACAGCACAGUAGCCUUGGUCCUCCUAAUUUUGUCACUGUCUGUCCUGAUUUUACUGUGGAGGUACUUGGGGAUCCUGAAACAAAUGAUAAGUAAAUACCAUGGCUCAAGUGAGAUACAGGAUAUGGGUCAAACCUACAAUGUACUCUCUUCUGUACCAGUUGAUGAAACUACUGAGGUCUGUCUUGAUGUUGAGGAAGAAGCCUAUUCUAUGAUAGAUGAUUGGAGAGGCCUGAGACCAUCAGUUACACAAAGCUCUCAAAUAGAUCCUACACGAGAGGAGGCAAAAUGCAGUUCACUAGAAACUACAGUGGAAAAACCAAAACGACAAGUUGAAACUGCCAUCUAUGCCCAAGUGAUCAAAACCAAGAAGAAAGAAAAUGAUCCUGUGUGCAGUUUUCUGAUGGAAAAAUAGAGAACGCCAUACUACAGUACUGUCUACUUUGUUAUUCCAGGAAAUACAAUAGCAUACAGUGUGGCUUGAAAAUAUGUGCAAUUAUAGCUUUUCUAGUGUUCACCAUGAAAUCUUUGUUUGAUCAGAACCUUUUUAUCUGACAAAGCAGCUUUAUGUUAGCCUAUUGCAUGUAGUAGAGAAACAAUAUAGAAAAGGAAUUAGUGCAGGUCCAAAAAUAAGUAAACCUCAGUUUGAAUUGUUUAAAUCCAGUAGGUCAGUAGAAUCAUCUGUAUAAACAAUUGGGUACCAAAUGAACCCAUCAAAGGAGAGAUCUUUAGGAAAGAGGUUGGGUGGGACUCUAAUAGAGACAGGAAAUCUGGUCAGUUUGGUGUUACCCAUUUAGGUGAAUCCAAAACACGCCAUGCAGAGAUAAAGGAGAAUCUCAGAGGACAUCAGGAAGAGCGUAAUUAGAACAGAGCACUCAGGGGAAGGCUACACAAACAUUUCAAAAAUAUUUACGCUCCAUCAGUCCACUGUGAGGCAAUCAUUUACUGAUAGAGCCCAUUUAACAUGACCGCAACUCGGCCUAGAAGUGGACGUCCUUCAAAAUAUCCCCAAGAGCCACCUGGUUGACUGCACAUCAUCAAGGGAACAAUUAAUUCUGAGGUUUACCAGGAGAUUCUUGAACAAAACCUAGAGACAUCAGUCAGGGAGCAAACAAUGGGACAAAAAUGGAUCUUCCAACAAGACAAUGACCCAAAGAUUUGUGUUUUGGAUUGGCUAAGUCAAAAUCCUGACCUUAAUCAAACUGAGAUGCUUCAGCUAGAUCUGAAGCAAGUAGGAAAUGCCAGACACCCUACAAACCUCACCCAUUUGGUGGAGUUCUAUAAGGAGGAGUGUUCAAAAAUCCUUAGAAAAAAGCCUAACCAAUGUUUGAUUAGGUAAACCAAUGUUUGAUUAUAACAGUGAAUCUUAAAUCUUGUUUUUUUUUGGGGUGGGCAUUGUCUGACAUUGCCCAGACAAUGUCAGGUGUGACUCAGUAGUGUUUAUAGCCUCCACAUGCCUGUAUGCACAGCCAAAAUCGUCUGGGCAUGCUCCUGAUUGAGAAAGCCGUGGGGGGUGUCCUGGGGAAUCUCCUCCCGGACCUGGAUCAGGGCAUCAGUGAGCUCCUGGACAGUCUGUGGCGCUACU